CCGCAGCCCGCCACCGCCCGGACCCUGGAGCCCCGCUCCCAGACUUAAUUGAAAAUGUUUACAUGUCUUCAAUGAAGAAAAGAGAAUUUAAAGGCCUUAAGGACAAUGAACUCUUUGAAUCCAGGCCGAAUAACAGCAUCACUGUGUCCAAGAAACGCAAUUGGUUACAUCAGUGUACUCUAAAGAUUCCUAAUCUGAAAGAGGAAAAUAUUUCUAUGAAAUCUCAAGAGCUCUCUCAAGUGCCUAAAUCUCCUACUUUAACUGAACCUCGAAUACCCCACGCUUCUCCCAGAUCACCUGGAGAACGUUUUCUUUACACAAUCCACGGCGCUGCAAGCCCUUCAUCAUCCAAGGAUUGUUCUUCAGACUUCAGUGAGGAGCAUGACGCCGAUGACGAAGGCGAAAUAUGGUACAACCCCAUUCCUGAAGACGACCAGCCUCUCCUCCCUCCUGUUCCUUGUUUUGCUGAGAUGAACUCAAUUCAUUUGGACCCCCCAGUGAACGGUCUGAAAGUGGUGUCUGGGAAUGACUUAAUUAAAUCGGUCAGGCAACCUGAAGGCCUCCAGUGCUUUUCAGGGUACGCUGGAGACAAUCAGACUGCGCAAUCCAGGGAAAUUAAUCAAGUAGAUUCCAUACAUUCCACAGAGUUUAUGCAGCUGCACAAGCAAAGAUUUGGGAGCAGGAGUCAGAGUGGACUGAGAAUAGAUGAGAACCCCUCAUUUAAAUCUGCUCCAGGUCCCGGAAUUUUAGCUACUGCCAAUAAAACCGACUCGGGAGGAUCGCAGCCAUCUCCUCUGAGUCCUAAUCCUGCGAAAAAAGGCAGUUCGAUCAACUGGUCUUUUCCAGAUAAAAUCAAAUCUCCCAGAACUGUGAGAAAACUUUCCAUGCGAAUGAAAAAAUUACCAGACCUUAGCAGAAAGCUAAGUGUCAAAGGGAUCUCGAGCCAUAUUAACGGUUCCGACCACUCUUCUUCCUCCGGGCCUAAGGGUAACUGUCAGGAUGCAGGCCGCGGGGCCCCAGUGCCUUCUAGAAAUGCAACCACGGCCACUAAAAGGAACGUUAUCAGCCUUUAUCAUCUCGACAGCAGUGUUUCUUCUCAGCACAGCUGUAAAAAGAAAAAUUCGGGGAGUUCUAAGCCCUCCUGCAGGGGAGGUUACCUCAGCGAUGGAGAUUCUCCCGAGCUUCUAACUAAAUCGGCCAAACACACCACGGAACACAAAUUUGGGAAAGGAAAGGAAGCCCCGCCGAACUGUACCAAACCCGAAAUAGACAUCGAUGCUUUCAGGCAUUACAGCUUUUCUGACCAACCCAGGUGCUCGCAGUACAUAUCUGGGCUCAUGAGUGUGCAUUUUUACGGGGCUGAGGACUUGAAACCGCCUCGGAUGGAUUCCAAAGACGUGUUUUGUGCAAUUCAGGUAGACUCGGUGAACAAAGCAAGGACUGCUUUGCUCACCUGUAAGACCACCUUUUUAGACAUGGAUCACACCUUCAACAUAGAAAUCGAAAACGCGCAGCAUCUGAAGUUAGUGGUCUUCAGCUGGGAAUCCACCCCGAGGAAGAAUCGCGUGUGCUGUCAUGGGACGGUUGUUCUCCCCACUCUGUUCCGAGUGACCAAGACCCAUCAGUUGGCUGUCAAACUCGAGCCCAGAGGCCUUAUUUAUGUGAAAGUGACUCUUAUGGAGCAGUGGGAGAAUUCUCUUCAGGGGCUGGAUGCAAAUCGAGAGCCGGUCAUAUUCGGGGUAGAGGCUCGCAAAGUGGUGGAGAAGGAGAAUGUGGGGUUGAUGGUGCCACUGUUGAUUCGGAAGUGUAUUGUGGAGAUUGAAAAGAGAGGCUGUCAGGUAGUAGGCCUCUAUCGAUUAUGUGGUUCAGCGGCAGUCAAGAAAGAACUUCGAGAAGCAUUUGAGAGGGAUAGCAAGACUGUCGGUCUGUGUGAAAAUCAGUAUCCAGAUAUAAAUGUAAUAACAGGUGUCCUUAAGGAUUAUUUAAGAGAACUUCCUUCCCCGCUGAUAACCAAGCAGCUGUACGAAGCAGUGUUAGACGCCAUGGUGAAAAAUCCCUUGAAGAUGAAUGGAAACGGGUGUGAGAAUGACCCUAGCGAUUCUGAAUACACCGUUGACCUCCUGGACUGUCUGCCGGAUGUUGAAAGGGCAACCCUGAAGAUGUUAUUGGAUCAUUUGAAAUUGGUGGCUUCUUAUCAUGAUGUAAAUAAGAUGACCUGCCAAAAUAUAGCCGUCUGUUUCGGGCCUGUCUUGCUCAGCCAGGGACAAGAAACUUCCACCCAUAACAACAGAGUCUUUACUGAUUCUGAAGAGCUUGCAAGUGCCUUGGAUUUCAAAAAACACAUAGAAGUGCUUCAUUAUUUACUCCAGCUGUGGCCAGCACAACGCUUAACUGCCAGAGUAUCUCCAGAUGGUUUGUCCCCAGCAUCCAAGAUUUCUCUGAAUUAUCUGAGACGGAAGAAGCAUCGACCCCAGAUGUUGAACUUGAGCAGUAUUGAGAUGUCAGGGAUGCUCAGACCGAGGCAGACCAGGCUCGAUAGCCCCUCGAGUAAUCGUUAUGCCGGAGACUGGAGUCGAUGUAGGGAGAACUACUUUUUAGACACAAAGGGAAAUGUAAAUGAAGCCGAUUAUGAUGACGUUCCUUAUGAAGAUGGAGAAAGCAGGGAAGACUUCAACACGACAGAUGGCCCAGGAACAGGGAUGAGUCAAUCAAUCAGUUCCAAGCCCUUAGCCAAAGGAUGCACGUUGGAAACGUAUUUGACCAUGCAGACGAUAGAUUCCGCGGUGGAUCGCCGCGUCAAUCUCAAAGACCUUCAAGAGAGUAUUGAUACUCUGAUUGGAAACCUAGAGCGAGAACUCAACAAAAACAAGCUCAAUAUCAGUGUUUGAUUUUAGGGACUGUUUGUUUGGCUGGUGACUUCUGGAUUGAAUUUUCCUCUUGACCGCCCAACAGACCAGCAUGUUUGUUCCGAUCAAUCGAUGGAAUUUACUGAGUGCUUACCAUGUGCAGAGCACUGUAUGAUGCGCUUGGGAG